UAAGGGCCUGCAACUUCCCUCCGCCCCCUAAACGUCACAUUUAAAGCCUAUUAUUUACAGAUUUGAUUGGUCGUUCGUUUGCGCUUAAGUAGCGAUGUCAACAUUUGACAAGGCAACAUUUGAAGGCAGCAACAGUGGAAUCCUAAUUGGAGGCAGAUUUUCAGCGCAAGGAGUGGCUUCUUCAACUUCCCGGGACAACGGAUUCAUCUUCCUCCCAGAUGUAAGAGUUAGCGUUAGUAGUCUUGUAAACAACUGCGUGAAAAGAUUAGUUUAGAAGAUUUUGAGUUGGUGAAAAUAUUUUUUGAAGCUGAAGACAUGUUUGUGGUGUAUUCGCGCACUUCAGUUUGAGGAUGGAGUCAUCUUGUCUGGACCUGGCUCUGGAGGGUGAGCGGCUCUGUAAGGCUGGUGACUAUCGUGCCGGUGUGUCCUUCUUUGAGUCUGCCAUCCAGGUUGGAACAGAGGACCUCCAAAUCCUUAGCGCCAUCUACAGCCAGCUGGGCAAUGCCUACUUUCACCUACAAGAGUAUAACAAAGCCCUAGAGUACCAUCGGCAUGACCUCACACUUACCAGAACAAUUGGAGAUGAGCUUGGUGAGGCAAAAGCCAGUGGCAACCUUGGGAACACAUUGAAGCUUUUAGGACGGUAUAAUGAAGCAGUGGUUUGUUGCCAAAGACAUUUGGAUAUCACCAGAUCCAUGUAUGAUAAGGUUGGGCAGGCUCGAGCGCUGUAUAAUUUCGGGAACGUUUACCAUGCAAAGGGCAAGGGCAUCUGCUGGUCUGGAGCCGAGCCAGGAGAGUUCUCGGAGGAGGCCAGGAUAGCCCUGAGGAAAGCUGCGCACUACUAUGAAGCAAACCUGUGCAUGGUGAAGGAGUUAGGCGAUAAGGCAGCCCAGGGUCGUACCUAUGGUAACCUUGGCAACACUUACUAUCUGCUGGGUGACUUUGAAACUGCAGUAGCUGCACAUGAAAAGCGGCUGCUCAUCGCUAAAGAGUUUGGGGAUAAGUCGGCUGAGAGGAGGGCCCACUGUAACCUUGGCAACGCUCACAUAUUCCUCAACCAGUUUGAAGUGGCAGCUGGUCAUUACAAGAGGACUCUGCAGCUGGCCAGGCUUUUGAAGGACAAAGCAGUGGAGGCCCAGGCCUGUUACAGUCUGGGCAACACUUACACACUACUUCAGGACUAUGAGAGAGCCAUUGAUUACCACCUCAAACAUCUGGUCAUUGCUCAGAACCUCAACGACAGAGUCGGUGAAGGAAGAGCGUACUGGAGUCUAGGAAAUGCCCACACUGCCCUGGGGAAUCAUCAGCAAGCCAUGUACUUCGCUGAGAAACAUCUGGAAAUUGCCAAAGAGACUGGAGACAAAAGCGGUGAGAUGACAGCCAGGAUGAACUUGUCGGAUCUACGGCUGGUCGUAGGCCUGAAGUCCAACUCCAGCAUCUACCCAAACAUCUUUCGCAACACCAACAUUAACAGCUCUGCUCUGGCAACAGCCUUCCAGGGUUACCCCAACCUCGCAGGGGUCAAUUCUCCAUCAAGAAUAGGAGGCAGUGCAGAGAACCUGGAACUAAGUUCAAAUCCUGAUAAAAAUCAAACCGGAGAUUCAUCAGCACAUCCAGUACAGGAUUGGGAGGGGGAUGUAUUCCCCGGGUCUUCAAAAAACAACACAAUCAAGGCUUCUACUAAGCUCUUCCUCUUCCAGCGGCUGAAAAGCAAGAAGCAGAAGAACAACAAAUCAUCUCCUAAAGACCUGAAUGAACCCGGCACCGAGCACUCAGCCCCUGAGCCGGAUGCACCAGUGUCUCCUAAGCCAGGAUCACGGGACACUAUUGGGGAGGAUGGCUUUUUCGACCUCCUCUCUCGUUUCCAGGGCAACAGACUGGAAGACCAAAGGUGCUCCCUACUGGAUGGCCAGAGCCAUCCCCCUGCUCAUUCCUCUCCCUCCUCCACCCCACCUGUAGAUGAAAGGAAAUCUAUUUUGGAGUGCGAAACACCAUUGCAGGAUCCUGGUCAUUUCCUGGAGCUGCUGGCCAGCUGCCAGGCCCGUCGUCUGGACGACCAACGAGUCAGCCUGAACCAUUUUCCUGGCUUACGUCUCAGCACUUCCAACCUGCCUCAUACACCCUCCACCUCCAGCCCAGAUCAACUCCACCCACAAGUCCCCAGUACAGAUACCUCUCACACACCCUCCCUGUACAGUCACCUCGAGGCAAGCGCUGAGCAGCCUGAGGGGGAUGAUGUCUUCUUCGACAUGCUAGUGAAGUGCCAGGGCUCCCGACUGAACGACCAGAGGUGCACUGCUCCACCUUCUAAAACUAAGGGACCAACUGUUCCAGAUGAGGAUUUUUUCAGUCUCAUCCUGCGUUCCCAGUCCAACAGGAUGGAGGAGCAGCGAGUCCUGCUGCCUCCUGGCGUCACCCAAUCCAAACCAGACUGACUUCAUGAGUGAUUUUUCUUAUUGUCUCAGGAUUGUUUUUUUUUUUUUUUUUUUUUUUUUUUAAAAUCAAGAGUUGAUGCUAUUUUUGUAACCCACAAUACUCUUGAUUCCUGCCUUUUUGGAUUGUCUUGACAACGUUCCUGCGAGACUGCCAAGAACACAAGGAACAAUAUUGGGAAUCAAGGUCUCAACUAAUACAGAACUGGUCAUUGUGACUGUAAAUCAUGGGAAAUUUAGUUUUUCAAGACUUAUGGACUUGUUUUUAGAUGAUGUCUGCCUACAUCAAGCCACUCCAUACAAACCGUGGGUUGUGGUGGUUUAUGUUUGGACUAAAAUUACUGUAUUCUAAAGGACAUAAGCCAAACCGAGAAUUUCUGUUUUAUGAUGAUGGACAUAAGAGACAUUCUAUGAACCCAUCUCAGAGGUUCUGCAAUUAUGCAAAUUAAAACAUUGUUAGGCCUGUUCUGCCCAUUUGCGAUUACAUUAAGUCUUUCAGAGUGGUACAUCUUGGUUUGAAUUGAUCUCAGACCUCUCCAACAAUAACUCAGAGGGUCAACUGAUAAAUCUUCUCGGGGGAAAUAAAAGGUCCACAUCCACCGCUACUGCUGCACUGGUGACUAAUGGAGCCAUUAAUAGAAUCUGCUUCCCGAUAUUGCUUUUGAAGACUUAAAGACUGUCAGUUUUACAUUGUUAAAAGGUUGUAUGGGUGGAGUUGUUAUUGCCAUGAACUGAAAUGGGAUUUUUUUUCAUUAACAAGAUUUUACAGGGGAUUAACUAGUGUGAGAGAAAAAAAGAAAUGUUAUUUUAGCUUUUAUAUUGAUAACUUCUAUUCACAAUGGAGAAAUAAAAUCAUGAAUUUACA